AUGUCAAGAUUUUUUGCAUCAGGAUAUGCAUCAGAAACUUCAUCUGAAGAAGAAGAUUUAUUAUCAACUUCCGAAGAAGAAUUGUUAUCAUCGUCAGAUGAAGAACAAUUAGAAGAAGGGGAAGAUGAAGAUGAAGAUAAAGUUGAUAGUGAUUUUUUUAAUAACGAAGAUGAAAGUUCAAGUGAUGAUGAUGAAGUACCAACUGGUCCGACAUAUUUUUUAAAAAAAUCAUUCCUUAAAGGUUCAGCUGGAGAUUCAGAUUCAGAAUCAGAUGAUGAGGGUAGAUCAAAAAUUGUUAAAUCUUCAAGAGAUAAAGUUUCAGAAGAAAUGAAAUCAUCAAUAAGUUUAAUUAAAACUGAAUCAAAUUGGAAUAAAAUUUUAAUUGAAUUUGAUAAAUUAAUAAAAUUAACAAGUAAAUACAAUAAUUUAGUUCCAAAAUCUUUUAUUAGUUUAUUAGGUCAUUUAAAUGAAUCAAAAGUACAAACUGCAGAUUUAUCAUCGGAUGAAGCAAAAUCAUUUGUUAUUUUAAAACAAAGAGUUAAAAAACAAUUGAAAGAAUUUCAGUCAUAUUAUGAUUCAUAUAUUGAAAAUCCAGAAAAUUUUGAUUCUGAUGAACCUUUAACUAGUGUAAAAUCAUUAGAAUCAACUGAUAAUAAUCAAGGUAAAGAAUAUAGUUUGAUAUUUAAAACUCUAAAAGAAGUUAAAGAUAAUAGAGGUAAAAAGAAUGUUGAUAAACAUUUACAAAUACAAAUGCUUGAAGAAUUAUUUAAUUCUGAAAUAACUACAUUUGAAUCAAUAUUAAUUUAUCAAAUGUUAUUAUCUAUAAGAUUUGAUGCUUCUUCAAAUCAAGCAUUUAUGCCAUUAGAUCAAUGGCAAAAAAAUUUAAAUGAUUUAAUUAAAUUAUUGGAUAUUUUGGAAAAAGACCAAACUUAUGUUUUAAGUGAAAAAGGUCAAAUUUUGGAUGAAAUUGAUGUUGAACCAGAAGCUGAUGAAAAUGGAGUUAAAACAAUUUAUGGUAGUAUAACUUCAUAUAUAGAUAGAAUUGAUGAUGAAUUUACAAAAUCAUUAAAUAAUAUUGAUGCUCAUUCAAAUGAAUAUAUUGAUAGAUUGAAAGAUGAAAUUAAAGUUUAUUCAAUGAUUAUUAGAGGUUUAAAAUAUAUUGAAUCAAUUGAAGAAAGUCAUCAUCAAAUUAAUAGAUUAACUUAUAAUAAAUUGAAACAUUUAUAUUAUAAAAGUGAUAAACUUAUUAAAAUUAUGGAAAAAGAAAUAGGAAAUGAUGUUGUUGCAGAGAAAUUGAUCAAGGAGUUAGUUGAUAAAUUAGCAGAUGAUGAAAAUUAUAGAGAUAAUGCUAUUUUAUUCCAUAGUUAUUACUUAUCAUUGAACAACAAUUUUUCAGCUUCAAAAGAUUUAUUUAUUAAAUCAAAAUUAGCAAGUGAUCAAGCAGUAAAUUAUAAUAGAGCUUUAGUUCAAUUAGCAUUAUGUUCAUUCCGUUUAGGUAACAUUGCUGAAUCUAUUACAAUGUUGACUGAACUUAUUAAUAGUCAAAGAAUUAAGGAAUUACUUGCACAAAGUAUUCCACAGAAAUUUGGUACACCAUCUGACAAAUCUAAAUUCAUUCCAUUUCAUCAACAAAUAAAUAUUGAUUUAUUGGAAUGUGUAUAUACAACAGCAACUUUAUUACAUGAAGUUCCAUUAAUAGCAUUAAAUAAUAAAGAUUUAUCAAAGAAGAAAGAUACUUCAUUAAGAACUAAAUUACAAUACUACCAAAAACAAUUUUUCCAAGGUCCACCAGAAAGUACAAGAGAUUAUUUAAUUCAUUCAGCAAUUGCAUUACAAAAAGGUGAUUGGAAAAAAUCAUAUAAUUUAAUAAGCUCAAUUAAAUUAUGGAAUUUAUUCUCAAAUCAUGAAGAAUUAUUACUGAUGUUGAAAAAUCAAUUACAAGUUCAAGGUUUAAAAACUUAUAUUUAUAUUUAUAAAACAAUUUAUACAAAAUUAUCAAUUGAUAAAUUAUCAACAAUUUUUGAAUUGACAAAAGAUGAUGUUAUAAAAAUUGUAAAUGAAAUAAUUGAAUUGGGUAAUAUAUCAGGUUCAAUAUCAAAUGAUUUUAUUGUAUUUGAUAAAGAAAUAACAAGAUCAAAAUUACAAGAAUCUGCAAUUAAAUUGAAUGGUUUUAUACAAUUAUUAAGUGAAAAGAAUGAAAAAACUGGUUCAAAUGGUUAUGGUAAAAAACAAAAUCAACAACAAAAUCAACAACCACAACAACAAGAACAAUCAAAGGAACAAGCUGAUGAAAAGGAGAAAGAAAUCUCUUAUAGAUAUGCUAAUGUAGUUAAUGAUUUUUAA